UGGUCAGAAACUGCAAACACAGUACAGGAGGUGGUCAGAGACUGCAGAUAAAGUACAGGAGAUGGUCAGAGACUGCAGACAGAAUACAGGGGAUGGUAAGAGACUGCAGAUAGGAUACAGGAUACGGUCAGAGACUGCGGACAAGAUACAGGAUACGGUCAGAGACUGCGGACAGGAUACAGGAUACGGUCAGAGACUGCGGACAGGACACAGGAUACGGUCAGAGACUGCGGACAGGAUACAGGAUACGGUCAGAGACUGUGGACAGGAUACAGGUGACUGUGGACAGGAUACAGGAUACGGUCAGAGACUGCGGACAGGAUACAGGUGA